AUGGGUCGGCUCGACCGGAGUGAUACCACGGCCUCACAGAAUACCAGCGUAAAACAACCCACAUCGUUGUCUAUCGCCGUUAUGGAAGGGACAUCUAUAGUUAAUGUGACUGAAGUGGUUGAUACUACAAUACCUGCGCCGGAGCAAGGUUUUGUAGUUGGCGUGUACAGUGCCCUUUUAGCCGCUGGUGCGGUUGGCAACAUUGGAGUGUUCGCGUCGCUCAUGCGCUCGCGCAGACGAAAGUCGCGCGUCAAUUUGCUAAUGACACAUCUAGUUAUUGCUGAUAUGAUCGUUCUAUUCAUUGUUAUACCUUUGGAGUUACAUAGAGCCAGGGUUGCGGGUGCACCCAGCAAGCAUAAGUACGUAUCGUGUCCUCACCCUGGGCAAAAUGCCACCGUAAGCGCGGGUCUGCGGUCGGCGAGUAAGGGCAGCUCGCCGCCCGAACAGAACCAGGCCCGAGUGUACGGCGCGUAG